AUGAGGCAGGAGCCCGCGGCAGUCUCCGCUUUCACCUCCUCCUCCUCCUCUUCGCCUUCCUUCGGCUCCGGCGCCCCGGCCCCGGCCGGGCUGUGGCUCUGCUGCGUGCCCCGCGCGCCCCCCGCCCGCCUCCGGAUGCGCUGCUCGGUUAGCCUGGGGCGGAAGAUAAAGACAUUUGUCACCAAGAUGGUAAUCACGAGUGGAAAUGAGGAGGACAGAGAAGGCCAGGAGAGAGAGAGUAAGGAAGAGAGUGUCUUGGCCAUGCUGGGGAUUAUCGGGACCAUUCUGAACCUGAUUGUUAUCAUAUUUGUAUACAUAUACACCACUCUGUGAAUGGCCCGGAGGGUGCUUGGCCGAAAGA